GGGAGUCAUGAUCUUGGACUUAUAAUAGUAAUGUAAACUGAUCAGAACAUAAAAUUUCUGUUCUGAUCCCCCAAAAUAAAAAUGAGUCAGAAGAUUUUGUUUUAGACUACUCACUUCAACAGCAUAAAGAUAUAUUUCAUUUAAGGAGUACUUAAGUAGAACUCACGCAUAAAGGGAUGGAAGUCUCUAUGUAGGGCAAAGGAUAUCUCCAACUAUUUUCUGAAAAUGUUGACUAUUUUGAAAGCCCACCAGUAAUAUGAGAUUGUCAAUUAAUCGCAACUUUGCCAGCAGAACUAGCAGAAGAAAAUGUUUAAAGGAAAUGUUUCUGAUGUGACUGAGUUCAUCCUCGCUGGGUUGACAGACAAACCAGAGCUGCAGCUGCCCCUCUUCCUCCUCUUCCUAGGAAUCUAUGUGCUCACAGUGGUGGGGAACCUGGGCAUGAUCACCCUGAUACUAUUCAGUUCUCAACUACACACACCCAUGUAUUAUUUCCUCAGCAGUCUGUCCUUCAUUGACCUCUGCCAAUCGACUGUCAUUAUUCCCAAAAUGCUGGUGAACUUUUUGGCAGUGAAGAACAUCAUCUCCUACCCUGAAUGCAUGACUCAGCUCUACUUUUUCAUUAUUUUUGCUAUUGCAGAGUGUCACACGCUAGCUGUAAUGGCGUAUGACCGCUAUGUUGCCAUCUGUAACCCCUUGCUUUACAAUACUGUAAUGUCCUAUCAAGUGUGGUCUUGGAUGGUAUUUGGAGUAUAUAGUCUGGCUUUGAUUGGUACCACAAUUCACACAGUCUGCAUACUAAAAAUGCAUUUCUGUGAGGCUGAUACAAUAAAUCAUUACUUCUGUGAUCUUUAUCCACUCCUAGAACUCUCUUGUUCUGACACUUUUAUUACUGAAGUAGUAGUUUUAUGUUUUGGUGUUUUUAAUAUCUUUGUUCCAACUCUGACGAUCCUAAGCUCUUAUAUCUUCAUCAUUGCCAGCAUCCUCCGGAUUAAAUCCACUGAAGGCAGGUCCAAAGCCUUCAGUACCUGCAGUUCACACAUAUCUGCUGUUACAAUCUUCUUUGGUUCCCUUGCAUUUAUGUAUCUGCAGCCAUCAUCGGUCAGCUCCAUGGACCAAGGGAAAGUGUCCUCUGUAUUUUAUACCAUUGUUGUGCCCAUGCUGAACCCCUUUAUCUACAGCCUGAGAAACAAAGAUGUCCAAGUUGCUCUAAAUAAGUUCCUUGAAAGAAAGUUUUUCUUGUGAACAAAACGGAAAUUUCUUUACUAACAUUCAUGUUUAUAUGAAUAUAGCAAACAGUUCAUAUGUCUAAGUAUGGUCACAUAGUGUGAGAUUAGUGCUAUCACCAUUUAUUUUUGAAGUUACCAAAGGCAGGACAAGUUUUACCCAGUGGGACAUAUGAAGGACAGCAUCUGCCUGGGAUUCAGAAAAGCCAUCUGCUUAUCAUAACAUGUGUCACACUAUUCAGUUUGUCAAACACUCAAGAGCCUUCUUGUGAAUGACUGAUUUAUGUAUGUGAACUAUGUUCCUUUUAUGCAAGACAUAUUUAUCCUACAGUGAAGAGUAAAUACAUGUGCCCUGAAUUCUUGGUCAUCUCAAUAUUCUAUGUAAUUAGCCUCUCUAAUUAGAUACAUUUGUAAAGAUUUCAGACAUUGUAAUAUCCAGAAAUAAUAAUUUUGUUAAAAAGUAAAAUAUACAAAUAUG